GGGCCCUUUUGCCUCAAGUCCUCGUGGCGCUGGGGGGGCGGCGAUGGGGCGGAGCCUGGGCCGCGCGCCCUCUGGCGGCUCGCCUCGGUGCAGGGCGUGGCCCUCGGCCGCGGUGCCUGCGGCCCUCGGCGCGGCCGCGCCCCGGGCUGCCGAGGGCGCGAUGCCGCCGCCCUCGGGCCCCGGCUGCUGGACGGGCGGCUUCUCGCCAAGCUCUGCUGCCAGGGGCCUGGCGGCAACCCCGCCUGCUGGGACGCGAGCUUCACCUUCGAGCGGUGCUGCCUUGCAGAGGGCACCGGCAGCCAUGCGCGGGACCUCUUGCGCGGCGUCGCCCCGCGCCUCCGCGAGCGCUACGCCCCUGCCGCCGCGGGCCUCGCCGAGUUCGCCUGCGCCGACGGCCUGCGCCCCGCGCUCGGCCUGCCGGCGGUGCUGAACGACGACUUCUGCGACUGCGCCGACGGCAGCGACGAGCCGGCCACGUCCGCGUGCUCGGGGGCGGUCGCCCGCCCGGGCCUGCCCGUUGGCGUCCUCCUGCCGGCUUCUACUGCGGCUGGGCCCGCCUCGCCGCUCCUCCGGGGGCGGGAGAGCCGUCGGGCGCCAGGGCGCGGCUGGUGCCGCACUCGGCGGUGAACGACGGCAUCUGCGACUGCUGCGCCGGGGAGGACGAGUGGCAGACUGGUGCCCGGACCGCUGUCUCGAGGCAGAGGGCCCAGGGCAGGCCGAGCGUGCGUCGAGGGCGCUGCUCGGCGCGGCGGCGCGGGCGCGACACGCCGAGAGGGGGCGCCAGCUGGCGCAGCAGCCGCAGUACUCGGGGCUGCCGGGUGGCCCCGAUCACGCGUUCCUGGCCGUGGCGGAAGAAGGGCUGCUUCCGGCUGGACGAGGGCAGCGCCAUCUACAAGGUCUGCCUCCUCGACAGGGUCACCCACCAGAUCGGCGAGGAGGGGCGGCCCUUCGUGCUGGGGCGCGGAGGGGCCUUCGCGGAGGCGUUCUGGGAGAGCGGGCAGCUGAGGCGCGACUACAGCCGCCUGAACAUGGGCGACGGCGAGUGGUGCCACAAGGCCUCCGUCAACCGCAGCGUCGAGGUCCUGUUCGAGUGUGCUCCAGCUGACGCGCUGCUGUCCAUCACGGAGACCUACGCGUGCUCCUUCGUCGUGCGCUUCGAGACCCCGGCCGCCUGCGGCGUGGGCGACAGCGUCGGGUGA